GAUUCUUCGAUUAGGAAUAUGUAAUAUAUAUACAAAAAUAUUUUAUAGUUCUAUUAAAGCACGAAUUACGAUUACGUAUGAUUGUAAAUGUGCAAAAGUUGCAAAAUCUAAAAAAUAUUAGUUAAAUCCGACUGAACGCGGCUAGAGAGGUCCGAUCAGUCUAAUUUGUUUUUCGAUUUGUUUUAAUAAAGACUUCAUUGCCCAGAACCAUGGCAUCCUGUUUGCGAAUUCUCAAUCAAACGAGCAGAUCAAAACACCUUCUUUUCAGUGAAGUUCAGUCAAGAUGCUUCCACAUUUCACCAUUAGCAUCAGCUGCAUCAAAAGUCGCCAUGAGCAGACUGGAUUCAGAUCCAAUUCCUUACGAAAAACUAACAAAAACCCUCCAAGUUGUGAAGAAAAGGUUGGGGAGACCUUUGACUUUAUCUGAAAAAGUAUUAUACUCACAUAUUGAUCAGCCAGAAACUCAAGAAAUCGAAAGAGGAACUUCAUAUUUAAGAUUGCGUCCUGAUCGUGUAGCUAUGCAAGAUGCUACCGCUCAAAUGGCCAUGUUACAGUUCAUUUCCAGUGGUUUAAAAAAAGUCGCUGUUCCUAGUACCAUCCAUUGUGAUCACCUUAUCGAAGCUCAAGUAGCAGGACCUCAAGAUCUUGCCAGAGCGAAAGACAUAAAUAAAGAAGUAUACAACUUCCUAGCUUCUGCUGGUAACAAAUAUGGUGUUGGAUUUUGGAAACCAGGUUCAGGAAUUAUUCAUCAAAUUAUCUUAGAAAACUACGCUUUUCCUGGUCUCUUGAUGAUUGGUACUGAUUCUCACACUCCAAACGGAGGAGGUCUUGGAGGGCUUUGCAUUGGUGUUGGUGGUGCCGAUGCUGUUGAUGUCAUGGCAAGCAUUCCCUGGGAAUUGAAAUGUCCUAAAGUUAUUGGUGUCAAACUUACAGGUAAACUUACCGGAUGGACAUCACCAAAGGACAUCAUCUUAAAAGUAGCCGACAUUCUGACUGUUAAAGGAGGAACCGGAGCAAUUGUAGAAUACUUUGGACCUGGAUGUGAAUCUGUAUCUUGUACUGGAAUGGCUACCAUUUGUAAUAUGGGUGCUGAAAUUGGUGCCACAACAUCACUCUUCCCCUUCAAUAGAAGAAUGGCCGAUUUUUUGAAUGCUACCAAACGAGAAGGCAUUGCAAAUGAGGCUCAAAAGUAUAAAGAUGUUUUGCUUACUCCUGAUGCAGGUGCAAAAUACGAUCAAGUUAUCGAAAUCAAUCUCGACACUCUAGAACCUCAUGUUAACGGACCCUUCACUCCAGAUCUUGCUAGCCCCAUCAGUAAAUUAGGCGAAAACGCUAAAAAGAAUGGUUGGCCAGUAGAUAUCAAGGUAGGUUUGAUUGGAUCCUGUACAAACAGCUCAUAUGAAGAUAUGGGAAGAUGCGCCAGCAUCGCUAAAGAAGCCAUGAAGCAUGGUAUCAAGUCCAAGAUUCCUUUUAAUGUCACUCCCGGAUCCGAACAAAUUCGUGCUACCAUUGAACGAGAUGGAAUUUCAAAGACACUUACUGAAUUCGGAGGAACUUUGUUAGCUAACGCUUGUGGACCCUGCAUUGGUCAAUGGGAUAGAAAAGACGUUAAGAAAGGUGAAAAAAACACAAUCGUAACAUCAUACAAUCGUAAUUUCACUGGACGUAACGACGCUAAUCCUGCAACGCAUUGUUUUGUAACAUCUCCUGAAAUGGUUACCGCUUUAAGUAUUACUGGAAGACUCGACUUCAAUCCAUUGACUGACUCAAUUAAAGGUUCUGAUGGUAAAGAUUUCAAACUCACGCCUCCAUUUAGUGAUGAACUUCCCAAUAAAGGAUUUGAUCCCGGUCAAGAUACGUACGCGGCCCCAGUUGCUGAUGGAUCAAAUGUAAAAGUUGACGUUGAUCCAAAAUCUCAACGACUUCAAUUAUUAGAACCGUUUGAUAAAUGGGAUGGAAAAGAUUUAGAAGAUAUGACAAUUUUAAUUAAAGUUAAGGGAAAAUGUACGACCGAUCAUAUCUCGGCCGCAGGACCAUGGUUAAAAUACCGAGGCCAUUUGGAUAAUAUUUCAAACAACAUGUUUAUCACCGCAACAAAUGCUGAAAAUGGCGAAUUAAACAAAGUCAAGAACCAAUCAACUGGUCAGUGGGGAGCAGUACCCGAUGUAGCUCGCGAUUAUAAAGCAAAGGGUAUAAAAUGGGUGGCUAUUGGAGAUGAAAACUACGGAGAAGGCAGUUCUAGAGAACAUGCUGCUUUAGAACCAAGACACUUGGGUGGACGUGCAAUUAUUGUUAAAUCUUUCGCUCGUAUUCACGAAACUAAUCUUAAAAAACAAGGUCUUUUACCACUUACGUUCGCCAAUCCUAGUGAUUACGAUAAAAUUCAACCUACCGAUAAAAUUUCCUUAAAAGACCUGAAAAAUCUUAAAGCUGGAAAACCUGUAGAUUGUGAAAUUAAGCACGCUGAUGGUUCCGUGGAUAAAAUCAAACUUAAUCACACUUUGAAUGACUUACAAAUUAGUUGGUUUAGAGCUGGCAGCGCAUUGAACAGAAUGAAGGAAAUCGCAGCGGGGAAGUAAACAAAAUCCUUGUUUAAUUUUAAUUUAUUUGUAAAAAAUAGAUAAUUGUUUUAUUUUGUUCUAUUUUAUGUAGAUAAUUAUCUUAUAAUAAAAUUGAGACAAUACAUAAUUA